ACAAUUUCGAAGAUGUCGCUGGAGGAAUUGUGGAACAAACUGAAGAAUGCAACCGACUGCAAGUCUCUGCUGAAGAAACAUUUGACCCCAGGGGUUUACCAGCAGCUCAAGGAUAAGAAAACAAAGUUCGGUGGAACACUCAUCCAUUGUAUUCAGUCAGGCUGCCAGAACCUGGACAGCGGCUGUGGGAUCUACGCCAGUGACCCCGAGGCCUAUGACGUGUUUAAGGAGGUGCUCCACCCAGUCAUACAGGACUACCACAAAGUGCCCAAGAUCAAGCACCCUCAACCAGACUUUGGCGAUUUGAACAACCUCGGAUUCGGCGACCUUGACCCGAGCGGAGAUUUCAUCGUCUCUACGCGGAUCAGGGUCGGGCGUAGCCACGCAAGCUAUGGGUUUCCACCAGUGGUCAAUGCCGAGCAAUGCAAAGAGAUGGAGAAGAUUUCUGUUAAUGCUUUGAAUUCUUUGGAGGGAGAGCUGAAGGGGAAAUACUACUCCCUGGAAACCAUGACCCCCGAGGAGAACCAGCAGCUCAUUGAUGACCACUUCAUGUUCAAGAAUGACGAUAGGUUUUUACAGGAUGCAGGGGGCUACAACGAUUGGCCCAUUGGCAGAGGGAUCUUUUUCAACAACAACAAAACCUUCCUGUGCUGGGUGAAUGAGGAGGACCAUCUACGUCUGAUCUCCAUGCAGAAGGGGGGAGACCUCGCCGCCGUCUGGAAACGUCUUAUCAAUGCGAUCCAGGAGAUGGAGAAGAAGCUGACCUUCGCCCACCACGAUCAGCUUGGCUACCUCACCUUCUGUCCCACCAAUCUAGGAACCACCUGCCGGGCAAGUGUCCACAUCAAAAUCCCCAAACUAGCGGCCGAACCCGACUUCAAGGAGUUCUGCGAGAAACUCAACCUUCAGCCUAGAGGAAUCCACGGAGAGCACACGGAGAGUGUGGGAGGAGUGUAUGAUAUUUCCAACAAGCGCCGCCUGGGAUUGAGUGAAAUUGAGGCUAUUCAGGAAAUGAGGCGCGGAGUGGAAGAAAUCAUCAAGCGUGAGAAGGCAUUGCAGGGAAAGUAAAAGAAAAAACCAAAUAUAGUCUUGGAAAUUGUUCUGAACUGUGAUAUCUUUUAUUUUAUUCUGUCAUUUUAUUUCGUAAAUUAUCUAUAUUCAAUUGUUUUCGAUUUAUCAAAUUUUCGUUAUACAAGUUAUUUGAUGUUGUAAAUAAACUAUGACC